AUGCAUAGCCAGGUGAGUGCGUGGCUCGGAAGAGUCUCCAACGGCCGCAAAAGGACGAGGGGUAGUCGGUCAAUAGUCGACCGACAGCAUAGCAUCAACUUUCAACCUUUCAAACCUGCAUUGCAACUCCUACAACUACCCAAGCAGGAAGUCAUCCUAUCUCAGACAAUGGCGACUGAUACAAACCUCUCGUGCCUCCUCUACGGCCCCCUCGACGCCCGCUUCGAGAACCGUCCGGUCCCUACCAUCACCAACCCAGACGACGUCAUUGUCAAAAUCGCCUACACAGGCGUCUGCGGCAGCGAUGUCCACUUCUGGCUCGACGGCGGCAUCCGCACAUUCGUCUCCGAGUCCAACCCCCUAACAAUGGGCCAUGAAGCCUCGGGUACAAUCCACGCCGUGGGCUCCGGCAUACCACCAACAACGCUCUCCCCAGGCGACAUCGUCGCAAUAGAACCGGGCUACCCGUGUCGACACUGCGACAGAUGCAAAGCCGGGCGGUACAACCUAUGCCCGCGGAUGAAAUUCGCCGCGGACCCGGGGUCUGGGCUGCAUGGGACGCUGAGCAGGUAUUUCGUCCUUCCUGCGGAUUUCUGUUAUCGGAUUCCUGAGCGGUCUGGGAUUGGACUGCGGGAGGCGGUGCUUGUUGAGCCGUUGGCUGUUGCGGUUCAUGCGGUGCGGCUGGCGGGUGUCAAGCCUGGGGAUAGUGUUGUUGUGUUUGGGGCGGGCACUGUGGGUGUGUUUACGGCUGCUGUGGCGAGGGAGUUUGGAGCGCGGGUUGUUGUUUCGGUGGAUCUUUUGAAGGAGAGGGGUGAGUUUGCGAGGGGGGUUGUUGGUGAGGAGGUGGGACGGGUGUAUAUCCCUGAUAAGGGUCUCGAUGCGGAAGGGAAUGCGCGGUGUAUUCUACAAACGCAUGGUCUUGAUACGGACGGGGGUGUGGAUGUUGCUAUUGAUGCCUCUGGGGCUGAAGCGUCUGUGCAAACUGCCAUCUAUGCGCUACGGAUGGGUGGGACGUAUGUGCAGGCUGGGAUGGGCAAGCGCAAGAUCGAGUUCCCGAUCUCGGAGAUGUGCGAGAAGGAGAUUACAGCGCUGGGGUGCUUUAGGUACGGGCCUGGGGAUUUUAAACUGGGGAUCCAACUGGCGAGUCAGGGCAGAUUGGGAGCGAAACUGGGGGAGUUUGUGACUGCAGUGUUUCCGUUUGAGAAAGCGACUGAGGCGUGGGAGCUGGCGAAGACGGGGAAGGGCGUCAAGACGGUCAUUGAAGGGCCGAAGUAG